AUGGCCUUCGAGCCACGCUGCGCUCCUAUGGCGACCUCGUGCUCGGGCCAGGCUGCGGGCAGCCGGUCGGGGAGCACGGCUCGCCUCUGGCGGCGGGCAGGACGGCACCCGGGAGCACGGAGAUGGGGCUUCUCCUCCACGCAGAACGAGCCGCUCGGGAGCCCCACCGGUGCCGGGACAGGAGGCGGCUCCCGCAAGGCCCUCCUUGCGCCCGGGGACGGCUCAGCCCGCUGCGAGGGCUCCCGGCCUGUUUCCGGGCCUCGGCGGGUCGCCCAGCGCCCCGCUCCCCCGGAGUUCGUAACGGGAGCCGGGAAGGGGGCAGCUGCCCGCCCCGCGAGCCUGAAGCGAGGAGCGGCCCCCCCCAGCCCCACCCCCUCCGCCACCGCCCCCCUCCCUCACACGGCACCGGCGGAAGGACAAAUAGUCCUCCCCGCAUUGUUUGGACCGGCACAACUUUUGGCUGCCGCGGCGGGCACCGGGGCCGUGAUCGGCCGAAGGGUGCGGGGUGCCGCUCCCGCUGAGGGGUGGCGUUGCGAGCGGAGAGCAGAGCCGGGCAGCGGGGGUGCCUUGGCGGGUACGGCCAACUUCGGUCCGUCGCCUCGCCCUCCCCGCGGUGGCGGGGCCGGGGCAGCGAGACACGGCGCGUCCGGGGCGGUGCUGGGGGCGGGCUACGGUCUGUGUGCCCCGCGGGGCUGCCGCGUCGCAGGCUGGGCUCCGCCGUCGGGCCGGAGAGGCUCCGCCCGGGGCACCCGCCGGUGGGGCGCAACUUUCCGCUCUGCGCCGCCGCCCAAACCCCGCUGCCCGUUGAUCUGCCCGGAGGGCGCCAGCCCGCCAGGCGGCCUUGCUGCGUCGGAGGCUCGGCCGCGGGAGGCCCCGCUGUGCAGGGCCCGAUCCUGCUGCGUGGACGGGAGGGGCCCACCCGCCGCGAUUUCUUUUAGUCGCCCACCCUUUCCCCCAGUCAACUUCCUUAUAGUGUAA